AUGGACGAUUUGGUGACCAUAAAGAGGCCGCUGUCGGCAACACAACUGGCCAUUCGGGCGGCGCUGAAGAACGCACCGCCGCUUUUAGUGCAGAAACCUGUUGUCGACGACAACCAGUUUGUGGUCUUCGGCGAUGACACCCAAGCCGUGGCCCCGAAGACCGCCUCCCAGUCACUGAUGGAUCGCUUCCUCCGCCACAAGAAGACUUUGGCGCUUAAAGUGAAUGAGAGUCCGACCAAAAGCGGUCCGAAGUUCGCCGCCGGACACAAGUGGACGCAAUUGAAGACAAUUAUGACUCAGGAGUUGGAACUGAAGAGAGCGGAGGUCGAGAAGGAGAGGGAAUUGAAUGAUUUGAUCGAAAAUGAAGACAUCGAUGGCGACGGCGGUGACGACGAAGAAGCGGAUGAAUUGGCGGAACAGUUGGCGUAUGAGAACAAAGAGGACGGUAUCGCCGAAGAGGACCGGAAGGAUGGGUCCGAUUGUGACCAAAAUGAUGGUAAAUCUGAUGAUGAAGAAGAGGAAGAGGAGGAAGAAGCGGAAAGUGAUGCUGAAGAUGAAGGCAGUGAUAGGGAAGCGAAUCCAUUCGUUGACGACGAGGCGGAAGAUUCCGACGCUGACAGCGAUGAAGACGUGGAGACAAGAGCUGAUCCGACCGGUGAUACACAACGCGUAAAUGACAAGUGUUCGCAAGACAUUGGUUUGAACGACAAGAAUGAAGAGUCUGUUCCUAUCGUUGGGGACAAUGAAGUCGAUGCGGAAGAGAGUCAACGGAAGUCUCAGUCAACCGAAGCGACUGCCGAUGAAGAAGAAGAGGAGGAAUCGGAUGACAAAUUCAAUGACAGUCUUCUAAACACAUCCAUAAACUCAUUGGACGAGUCGUUUGAGCGCCGGUGCGCUACACAAAAGAUCGCAUUGUCUCCAUUCAUCACUCAAAGACCUAAACCACGGAUGACUGACACGAAUAUCACUCAAUUGAUACCGAGAUUUGACGCCACAGGCGAUGAGUUUGAUUCGCAGACACUGUUAGGCCUGUGUUCGGGAGCUUUUGGUUCCCAAUUAAGUUCUAUUCCAGAGAUGGGAGAGAAGAGUCAAAGCACUCAAGAGUCCGGUGUUGUGGACACCGAUGACGACGAAGAAGUGGGCGAGAAGUGCAUGAGUGACGCCCGAAGAGUGCGGAAAGUAUUUAAUGUCGAAAGCGAUGGCGAAUCAGAAGAUGAAGAAAAAGUGAACACAAAAGCGAAACAAAAGUCAAAAGCAGACCUCAAGAGUGAGAUCUCAUCGCUGAAGAGCUUUAAUGAAUCGGAUGGCGAAGAACUGGUGGUCACUGAAGACGAAGUGUCCGAUGAAGAGGCGGCGGAAGGCGAUGACGAAGAGGCGGAUGUUUCUGAUGGCGACGAUAACGAUGGAGAAGAAGUGGUGAACGAGAAGGACAUCCGAAAGUUGAGCCGCGGUUUCUUCGAAGACGAGGCCGAACUCAGCGGAAGCGAUGACGACGUGUCCAGCGAUGAAGAGGAGGGCGAAGGAGACAAUCAUUACGACAACGAAGAAGGAGAUGAGGAGGACUUACCCUCAGAAUCAGAGCUCCGGAACCAAAUCGAGAGAAUUCAUAACAAAAAACUCUUAGACGAAGACAAGCGACAACUGAUGGUCUUGAAGGACAUGAUGUUCGCCGACGGAGACCUUCACGACGACCGCGACGUACGCGAGAAGAAGUUUCGGUGGAAUUUCGGCGAAGAAGACAAGCCUUUUGUUAACGAUUACAUCAACGAAGACUCCGAAGGAGAUUACGUCGACUCAGACGAAGAGGCGGCCAAAGCCGUGAAGAGUCCCGGCCUUAAGUUGAAGCCGACAUCAGAGACCGAUUCCGCGGCCAAAACGGACGAGAAUUUCGAGAAAUUAAAGUCAAAGUUUGGUUUGAAUUUGAAUCCAUUGAACAAAUCGAAAGACCCGAACAGUGCUGUCGUGGCAGAGAAAAAGUCGAUCAGAAUCGAUAGUUUUGUGGUCAGAGACGAGCGGCUCAAGACAUUGUGUGCGCCCAAGAGAUCGCUUCCCGUCAAUAAUGGCCACUCGUAUCGACCGAACAAGAAGUUGAAGAACUCUAAGAAAACUUCAGCCAAAAAGUCUAUUUUUGAUCUGUUUUAA